UCGAUGUAAGCAGAAUUCUUCGGGGCCUUCUGUGUCUGGCAUGAAUGCCGGUAAAGAUUGACUGGCCCACACCGUGUCGGACUCGAAGACAACGAUGCAGCAGCGAUGGUCCCUGGCCAAUCUGAAUGCGGCACGCACCAUAAGCGCCAGAAGCCAUGCGAGAAUCAGAUUCGAGGUUUCGCAUCACACACAGGCAGCGUGAUGUGAAUGGCUGCAGUUGGUGUGUGGUCUUUGCAGGCAGUUGCUAUUUCCUUGGUGUUUGGGAGGCACCCAAGGCUUCUACCCAGAUCAAUCGGAAGAGCAAAGCCGAGAACCUUCAUAUAUCUACUCGCGCGAGCAUGCACGGACAUGUCCGUAGUCCCCGCUGCUAAUUUCUGUAACAGCGCUCUAACGGAACAUCUAUUGUUAGAUCGCACUCCACGGCGACUCUGCGAAGUCGUGUUUCAGGCUGUGUUGUUUGUGGCGGACGAAUUGCAGCCUCGAAGGCACAAGUUGAGCCUCCCGCGCGUCUAUAUUCGCGUUUGCAGCUGGGCAGAACGUGGCACAAGUCCAAUCUCGUACUGCAAGGUGCAUUGCAGGUGCCUUGCACAAUGCAGGAGCAACGCGCGUUCAGUAAGGUGCACCAAAUUAUCAAUAGUGUUCGCGUUGUCUCCUGAAGUGCAGUACCUAGGUAGAGCUGGUAGCCGGUCUGGAUCGGGUCCAGCUGGAAGUGACCGGUUGCAGCGCCUGAUACACUCGUUGACGGGCUAGGCGGACGCUCUCUCACAGCUUCAGUGCACCCUCGCUUCCUCUAUCCUGCACUGCUGCAAUUUGUCGAUCGCUGGCGGCUCGGAUUACCCGGCAGCGUUGCGGAUCUUUCAGGCCUUACGCCAGGACACCUCGUUGGCGGAGGUGGCAAAGCAGGCAGGACCAGGACCAGCCAAGCGGACAAGUCUCACGCAGUGGCUGUUCACGACUAGCUACCACACCCAACACUCACCGGAUCGCCCGUCUUCUCUUCUGC